AAAAUGUCAAUCUUUUUCUAUUGGAUUUUGUUUAUAUUAAUAUUAUGUUAUAUUUAUAUAUUAUAUUAGAAUAAUUCUGAAACGCAAGUGUAUGUGGGAGGGGUGAUUUGAAUAUUCAAAAUGGUGAAAUUCCUGAUGGGUCCGAGGCAAGUGAGAGAGAGAGAGAGAGAGAGAGGUCAAGUGGGUAAUAAUUCCAGAUCCGCCAUAGAUGCGGUGUCAUGUCCAAGCUGGACCUGUAGGUGAGGAGGAGUUGUUCUGGUGUGGAUUGGGAAGGAUCUUGGUUUGUGUUUAUGGGCCACAAUCGGGCCUCCAUAUACCCUGCUCCUUCUUUUCGAAUCAAGCCUCGUUUCUCCAGAAGUUUGGAAGCCAUGAGGAUGAUGAUCUCUUACGUAUCCUGGCCAUGCAUUUACUUUCGAGCAGAGCAAGAAAGAUAUUUGGUGUUUCUCUCUCUCUCAUUCUUAUCAACAUGGCUGCUAUAAUGGAACGUGCUGAUGAAAAUCUCCUCCCAUCUGUUUACAAAGAAGUCAGUGAAGCGUUCAAUGCUGGGCCAUCUGAUCUAGGUUACCUCACAUUCAUAAGGAACUUUGUGCAGGGAAUUUCAUCGCCCCUGGCGGGUGUGUUAGUACUUAACUAUGAUCGCCCUACGGUUUUGGCUAUGGGUACUUUCUGCUGGGCCUUAUCAACUGCUGCAGUGGGUGCAAGCCAGCAGUUUUUGCAAGUUGCAUUCUGGAGAGCAGUGAAUGGUUUUGGUUUGGCGAUUGUUAUACCAGCACUCCAGUCUUUUAUAGCUGAUAGCUAUAUGGAUGGUGUAAGGGGUACUGGAUUUGGGUUGUUAAGCCUUGUCGGUUCCUUAGGUGGGAUAGGAGGUGGUGUUCUGGCGACUAUUAUGGCUGGUCAGGAAUACUGGGGCUUACCUGGAUGGCGUUUUGCUUUCAUUAUGAUGGCAGCAUUAAGUGCAACAAUUGGAUUCCUUGUUUUCUUGUUCGUAGUUGACCCAAGGAAAACAACUAACAUCACUAAUAAUAAUGGCGAGAGUUACGAGAGGGAUGAAUUAAUAGAAAAAGGCAAUGCUAGUGCGGCAUCAAUUUGGCUGGAGUCUUGGACAGCCAUGAAAUCUGUUAUGAAAGUGCAAACAUUUCAAGUUAUUGUCUUGCAGGGCAUUGUUGGAUCGCUUCCAUGGACUGCCAUGGUGUUCUUCACCAUGUGGUUUGAACUAAUUGGUUUUGAUCAUAAUAGUACUGCAGCACUCCUUAGUCUUUUUGCUAUUGGAUGUGCUAUGGGCUCCCUUCUAGGAGGACUGAUAGCAGAUCGGAUAUCACAAACCUAUCCUCACUCAGGUCGUACCAUGUGCGCUCAGUUCAGCGCCUUCAUGGGCAUUCCCUUCUCAUGGUUCCUACUUAAAGUGAUUCCACAGUCAACUAGUAGCUAUUAUGCAUUUUCUACCACACUCUUGCUGAUGGGUCUGACAAUUAGCUGGAAUGGUACUGCUGCGAAUGGACCUAUGUUUGCUGAGGUCGUCCCUAUCAAACACCGGACCAUGAUUUAUGCAUUUGAUCGUGCUUUUGAGGGAUCAGUUUCUUCUUUUGCUGCUCCUUUGGUUGGUAUCCUUUCAGAGAAGAUGUUCGGAUAUGAUUCAAAAUCUAUUGAUCCAGUUAAAGGGUCAGCACGGGAGGCCUUGGCCUUGUCACAAGGUCUUCUUUCAAUGAUGGUAGUUCCAUUCGGUUUGUGUUGUUUGUUUUACACUCCUUUGUAUAAGAUUUUUAGGAGAGACCGUGAGAAUGCUAGAAUUUCCAGUCUGAAAGAGGAAGAGAUGGUUUUACACGGGUAUUCAGUUUGAAGGAGAAAUGAAUCUUGUAAUUUUACUGCCCAUGACAUGUUCCUAAGCUUUAGGAUUCAAAAGUUAUUUUUCCACGAUAUUCAGGCAUACAAAGAGGCGCUUUAGCUGCAUCCAUUUUGACUUUUAUGCAGCCAUUUUGUGAAGAAUGACCUUCUUUUACUUUGAUGCAACAUGGUUUUGUUACAGUGAAAUUUUACAUUCAA